AUGAUGUCAGAUAAGCAGCUAGAAGAAUUAGGUGUCAAGGCAAUGGGCGACCGACUACGUAUUCGAGCAUUUUGUGAAAGAAAGUCGAAAACAACAGUCGAACAGAAGAAGCGACAAGACGCCGUUGACAAGCUGAAAAGCAUGCUUGGCCAUCAAAGGGCCUCAAAAGGAGUCACGGGCGCGAAUCGUUCGAGAAAAAGGAAAAGAAAAUGGCCAAAACAGCUGUUAAAUUCGAAUUUGGUUGGAAGCACUGGUGUACAAGAACUGAAACAUUUAGACAAAAGAAAAAGGGAAGCGGAGGCGGAACCAGGGUUGUAG